AUGAUUUCGGAGGAAAGUAACCACAUAUCAAAACAAGCCCUCGGCUUUCCAGUGGGAUUAUUGAUCCGCUCUCCGAAAAAACGUCUGGCCAAAAUCGGGAGAAAGCCAAGCAAUGGAUCUUUACAGUCCAACACCUCAGAUAGCACAUCUCAAUCUGUGGAGAGCACCGGUGUGAGGCAGCCCGCCAAGAGCAAAAUCCGUCGCCACAACAACAGGCUGUCCACAGUUUUUAACCGUAGCCCUGUCUUAAGGGACGGUCGACAGGUUCACGGUGGUAGGACCAUGGCUGGAGACCUUCAGGCUGCCGAUGACCCCGCAGAGCUGUCAUGUCAAAUGUCUGCUCCUGGAAUCCUCAAGAUUUUUGGUAGUGAUAUCUGCCAAGGCACCAACUACAAGAGUGUGCUGGCCACAACUCGCUCAAGUGCCAAGGAAUUGGUGAAGGAGGCCCUGGAGAGAUACUGUCUAGAGAAGGAAGAUCCAAGAGACUAUGUGCUCUGUGAUGUGAUUGGUAAGAUUGGGGCGGACCACCAGUGGAAGACUGAGUGUUUCCGGGUUGUUGGUGACCUUGAAAGGCCCUUGGUGCUGCAGUCACUUUGGAAACCCAAAGAAGGAUUCUCUCGGCGUUUUGAGAUUCAGAAGAGAUCGAGUGUGGAAGAGCGCAACGCCAAGGACACAGACGUAAUAACUGCAGGUUUGAACGCUCAGGUACGGAAACUUCAGCAUGGAAGGUCACGGGUCACAUCUCUGUUCGUGGACAGCAGCGAUGGAGAGAUGGAAGGCAUGAGCAUAUGGAGGAGUUUGAGUGACAUGGACAUCACCGCCAUGGGCAAGGAAGCCUGUAAGGUCCAAAAAAGUCCAAUACAGGAGGACCCGGAGGCUGAGGCCGAUAAUGAAACUCUGAAAGAAUGCCUGAGCUUGGAGAAAGAGGAGACGGAGAGCAGCGACGACAACACCACCCAGUACUCUAUCCAUCCUCCCUUCGACUUCCCUUACUUUCUUCUCCUGCAGGGCUACAACCACGGACAGGACUUUGUGAUCUACCUGAUGAGCAGGAGCAGCUGCGUGUUUGGCAGCUGCAGCGAGCAUUUCGCCGCUGAAGACGAGGAGGGUCUGAAGGUGGACGUCUUGCUCUUCGGCCCAGACAUACUGCCCCUGCACUGCUGCGUCCGGCGUACGGAAAACCCGUCCGACCCGUCUGAAGGCGCAAGGAGGUCCCACACGCUGCUGAGGCCGUACGACGGCGCCGCGGUCACACACAACGGCAACCUCCUGAAAAACGAGGCGCGGCUCAGCCCGGGAGACCUGAUAGGGAUGGGCCAACACUACCUGUUCAUGUUCAAAGACCCCACCACCUCAGGAGCAUCUCAGUCACCUCCCUGGGUGAAAUCUCUGUGUCCCGCUGUGACAGCGCCCCCCUGUAUAAGCUGCCGGUCUUCGGUAAGGAGGCCCCGGGCCCAGCGCAGAACCGUGGCCCGGUGGAGGGACCUGGAGGGUAGUGCGGUCAGCCUGUCGUACGACGUCCAGCAGGAGGACGGAGUUCUGGAGAAGAUCCUGACGAUGGUGGACCCGUCAGGGGACGAACCCAAACUCACUCCAGCGUUCUUACUCUGUUUGUGUAUCCAACACUCGGUGGCUAAUUUUGAGAUGGCACAGUUUCGCAGGCUGCUGUUACGUAUGGCCAACCAGAUUCAGCUCACCAUGUGGGAUAGGACAAAAGAGCUUUCUGCGCUUCAGCCAGAUGGGGGUUCUGGAGACAUGCCGCCAGAUCCAGAGGAGCUAUGUUUGCUGAGCUUGGAGGAGCUGGUACCAGGCCUGAAACCACUGGUUCUAUGGAUGGCCAAUUCCAUUGAGCUCUUGCACUUCAUCCAGCAUGAGGUCCCCCAGCUGUUACCAUGGAGACAGCAGGAGGAGCAAGAGGGGGAGAGCAAAGGAUUGUUGCAGUCAGAGAUUCAAUCCACUCGCACAGCCAGUGAGGAGGCCAUGACUGUCCUAGAAGAAAUCAUUAUGUUUACCUUCCAGCAGUCUGUUUAUUACCUCACUAAAAGUAUGUACGCGACUUUGCCGAAGCUGUUGGACAGUAACCCAUUCUCAGACGGUGGUCAUCUGAGAGUGCCCGAAGGCGUCAGCGGCAUUCUGGACGUCCUGAAGGGGGCACUGCAUCUGCUCAGCGAGUUUCAGGUGCACGCAGAGAUCUCCUCUCAGCUCCUGGCCUACCUGUUUUUCUUCACCAAUGCCUCACUCUUCAACGCUCUCAUGGAGAGAGGUUCCGGAGGUGAGUUUUAUCAGUGGUCCAGAGGAGUCCAGAUUCGUGCCAACCUGGACCUGAUCAUGGAUUGGACCCAGAGUAUCGGGCUGGGUGACAUGGCUGCCGAAUUCUUUCAGAAACUCUCAUCUGCUGUCAACCUUCUAGCCACUCCAAAGGAGAACCUACUUCAGGCAUCCUGGUCAUCUCUGAGGGCAGAGUUUCAGCCUCUGAACCCAGCUCAGCUCUACCACAUACUAAGGGAGUAUAACUCAGGCAAACCUUGCCCCCCAGCCUGGACCCCCUCCACUGAAGACGCACAGGCAGCACUCACAACCUCCAACAUCCUGGAGAGCUUUGACAACCACCCUCCACUCAUCCUACCAAACAGCUCCUUUAACCUGGAGCUGGGCAAACCCAUCACAGACUCGGGGCUCUUCAGACAGCUCCAGUGCCUACAGGAGUUCAUAGGCUCUCUCCCAAAGACAGACUCGCACGUUUCCACACAGCCGGAGUCUGUGUGUUCUCCCACGGUCAGUGAACCUGAGGUCAGUGUUCCUCAGGCAGUGUCUCAGCCAGUCAGCUACCCUGUAUGGCAAACAGAGGACCGUCUGUCUGAGUCCGCAGCGCACCCUCAGGUUCGGGGGUCUCACGGCAAUUUGAGCUCCUGUGAGGCGGUUCUGUCCCAGAAACUGAAGAACCUGGAGCUCCAGAACAGCUUACAAGGGGGUGCAGAUCUUGGCUUCCAUAAGAGUCUGGCUCUGGACCCAUCCUGCCUACUCACCCCCCCAAACACCCCCCAGGGGCUGGACCUAUCGGAGCUGGAGGCUGCUCUGCAGGAAGGGGCAGCGAAGCAAAUGAGACAGGUCCACAACGCGACAGAAAGCAAAGACCAGAGGAGCGACACCAAAGAGGAGGAGGAGGAGGACGGACGUGAGGAGGUUUUCACCGUGGAGCUGAAGAGAGGACCUCACGGCCUCGGACUGGCGUUGGUGGACGGAAUGAAAAUCCCGCUGAAGAUGAGUGGGAUAUAUGUGAAGUCAGUGGUGCCUGAUUCACCGGCGGCCCUGUGCCAGAAACUGCGGCUGGGGGACCGGAUCCUGGCGGUAAACGGAGUGAGUCUGGUGGGAAUGGAUUACCAAAUCGGAAGAGAUCUCAUCCGGACCUCUGGAGAUUCUCUCCGGUUACUGGUGGCCAAAGCAGAUUCCAGGACCAGUAACAGGAGUGCAGUAACAGAAUGCUAAAAAGAUUUAUGACGGAGUGGACGCGACGAGACAGCCGAGCGCUUUUUAA